UCCUGAUUCACUACACUACACAUAUAAAAGGUCACAAUGCUUGUUGUAUACUUCUACCCGAAGUCUCGUUUUGUCCCGCCGAAUUAAUCGCUGCUCAUCAUACCUUGGUUGAGGCCAAUAACGAUCCGACUCCGAGAUGAUGUCCAUGGCUGACGAACCACCUGCGUAUACAGCCAUCGAUAACGUUCCCCAACCUUUUUUCCCGUCAUGUUUUAACAAGUACCCAAAGGCUCUCGGGUUCUUCCGCGAGACAAACGAUCUAUUUAGCAUCGCUAGCAAACCCAAUGUGUACACUUCUCAUCCAACCAUUGACUAUCGCCACACUUCAGACAGAGAGGGAAAAUAUUAUUUUACUGGUCUAAAAUAUAAUGAAGAGAGCAUGUCGAGGUCCGAUGUAUGCAAAGCAUGGCUCUUAUCACUUGACACCUUGUUUUAUUCCGAAAUGUUAUUGACAGAAGGUGUCAGGAAUUUGAUUGAUGUGAAUGAGGGGGCGCAUGGUGAUUCCCAUAGUUGUUCUGUCAAAAGUAGAGCGGAAUGUUAUCGAAGCUGGAGAAUACUAGCCGAGGCUCUUACGAUCGCUAUGCACAAGCUAUAUUUAUGGGAAGAAUCACAUUACCUUCCCAUCCGCUUGACGCCUUACACGCCCGAUCAACUUAAGGAAUGGCGAACCCUAGAAACCUUCAUCUCCUUACACACUCAGACUCAAGCCCACGCUCAACAUAAUUCCCAAAACUCCAUCCAUUUGGCCCUGGACGAAGGCUCGCAAGGUGGCCGACUCCCCAACGAUGACGUUAAUAACGAUAGCGAUACCAUGCCAUCUUGGAUCAUAGAAGCCUCUCGACGGGUAUUGAAUGGAUUCGAGGAUGGGCUACUGUACUGUGAAGGACCAGAACAUGAGUUCAAACUUGCCGACCUGGGGUUGGCGGAUCAAUUACCCUCACGAAAGCUUUAUGGUUUCAAUUUGGUGCCCCAGUGAUCUGUACGUCACAAAUCAGGUAUAGCUAGCGGUUACGAGUAGAGUUUCUACGCUCGCAUGAAGAAGAAAGAAGGAAUAAAGCGUAUGAAUAAUGUCUAUAAAAAACUUCAUUAUUGCGUCUCGGAACCUUAACCUCGCUUAAUUUUCACCCUCCUCGGUUGGAUCACU